UAGAAACCAAAAACAAAUAGUACACUUUUAUCUAAUUUUGAAUGAAAUUCCAAUUUCCACCCAAUUUCUUUCUCUUUCUUUGAGAAGUCCCAACAAACUAGCAAAGCUCCAAAAAAUGGGACUCUCCCGCCGUGGCUUGGUGGUUGGCAACUACUGCCAUGAUGUCCUCCUCCAAGACGACGUCGUGAUAGGAGAAUCCUUAGGUGGUGCAGCUUCUUUCAUCUCCAACAUUUUCUCUCUCCUCUCAAUUCCCUGCGAUUACAUUUCAAUAGUUGGUUCUGAUUUCAAUUACAAUCACAUCAUUUUAACCCCACCAAUUAUUUCUCCCACCUCAAAAACAACCCUUUUUCAUGCCCAUUUUUCCUCAAAUAACCCAACUAUUAAUGGGCAACCCAUUUCAGAUCGGACCCUUAAACGGGUCAUUGCAUGUGACCCGAUUAAACCCAGUGAGUUACCCAGUUGUAACUCGGGUAAAAGAUUUGAUUUUGGGAUGGCGGUUGGUGUAGGAGGUGAAAUAUUGGCUGAAACUUUGGAGAAAUUAAUUGAGAUAUGUGAUGUUGUGUUUGUUGAUGUACAAGGGUUGAUUAGAGAAUUUGAUGAAGUUGAUGGUAGUGUUAGAUUAAUUAAGCUUAAUGAGACAAAAUUUUACCCUCUAUUAUCAAGAAUUGGGUUUUUAAAGGCUUCUGCUGAAGAAGCAGAGUUUUUGGAUGUUGAGGAAAUCAGGAAGUUGUGUUGUGUGGUGGUAACUUAUGGAGAGAAAGGAUGUAAAGUGUUUAGGAAAGAUGGAGAGGUUGAGAUUUCGCCGUUUUCGACGAUUCAGAUUGAUCCUACUGGUGCUGGGGAUAGCUUCUUAGGAGGGUUUGUUGCUGGACUUGUUCUAGGAUUGCUUCUUCCUGAUGCUGCAUUGUUGGGAAACUUUUUUGGGUCUUUGACUGUUUCUCAAUUUGGCUUGCCUAACUUUGAUCCUAACUUGUUGCAGAGAGUCAAAGAUGAGGUGCAAAAGAGAUCUUUGCAAUGUGCUCAACACCAAGUUGGAGCUGAAAAUGAGCUUUGGUUUUCAAAAUCACCCGGCCACGAGCAAUUCCACGCGUCCCUUAAUGCUGUCAGACUAGCAUUUUCUUUGACGAAACAGGAACGUAGAUGGGAUCUGGAAGAUAUGCGUAGUCUUACAACUACAGUGGUAAAUCAUCAGAUUAUAAAACAUCAAUGUAGUGGGGAGAAGUUCUCGCGUGAUCCUGUAUAUGAUGAAGCAAUCGAACAGAUUGAAGGUACACCAUGAUAGACACAAACUCAUACUCCUUUCUCCAUUAAUUUGUUUUCCAUCUUUUUGUUGUGCUUUAAUCGUGUUUUGAAUAUCUCGAAUUAGAUAGAUCGUACUCACCGGAAGAUCACUAAGUUCAUUAGUUAGGAAUUUUGUAGUGGAAGCUGAAUCCCGUUUCUUUCUUGUAAUUUGUAAAUGUCAAAUGUCCUUUGAGGUGUUAUGAUGCUGCCACUUCUGAUUUUCCUGAAGUUUCAUGUUUAUUCUAUAUAAGAUGAUUUACAGGUA